UAAACAUAGAUGGCUACAUGCAGUAAUGUUUAGACCUUAUUCAGUUUAUUAGGUGAGUGAAUCAGUUUUCUGUUGACUGCAUAUGUGCAAUGUCUGCCAGUCUAAAGUACUGGUCAGUUUAUAUAUCACAAAUAUAACGAGAAAAACAAACAAACAAGAAAGACUGCUAGCCUGCACUAAAAUAUGAAGUCUACUGCUACUGUCUGAACACAAUGGUAGAGACCUGUGACUUUAGGAAGUUUUGGUAAUUUCCUCAAAUGAUCUUUUCUAUUGUUGUUGUUAUUUCUACCUCAAACAGAGAGACUUACGCUACUCUUAUGUUUUGUCUUUACCUUGUGAAACAACACUGGACACAUUUGUUGCUGUACCUUCAAUGCAGCCUUUGUCAUCAGAUGUUAGAUUUAACAUUACUGCAAAGAUCAAGCAGAGAGCAAGGGAAAUAAGGAAAUAGAUGGAACUCACUGAUUUGUGGUGGCAAUACUCCACCAGUAUUCUGAAAAGUUAUUUUUGCAACAGCAAAGGAUAAACAAGUUUCUUAUUUGCAAUUAAUUAAUAUCUUCUGUAGGAGGUUUUUUGUUUUAAGUUCUCAAUACUGGUUUUUUUGAAAGGGAAUUCUAGAGUUUUUUGAAAGAUUUUGGAGUUAACCAGAAUGUGUAUUUCAUAUGGCAAGAGGAAGAAAGAGAACAAUUACUAUAUGGGCUCUGAAAGUUUUUAGGAGUUGAAGAAGUAAGAACAGUGGAAAGAAGUUAAGCAGAGAAAAGGAGGAAAUGAUAGGGAGAAGUAAGGUAUAUGAAGCAGUAAUGGCAUGAGAAAGAUUGGCCCAGGCAAAGCACCUUCUGCACUCAUGUUAUAUCUGAAUGUCCCAAACUACUUUGAAAUUUUGGCUAAGGAAGCAGUUUCCUGCAUGCAGCUUGAAAAUUGCUUUUGGUGUUUUGAGUAACUUCUGUGCUCUUUUCCCUGGCCUUCAGGUCAGCAUCAGCAUCUUGCUUCUGGUUGUGAUCGUACUGCUGCCAAUUUUUGUUAUUUUACCAAGUGGUGAUGAUUUUAUUUUUAAUGGACUAGACAAAAUAUACUGUCAAGCACACUUUCUACAUGAUCUGAGAAACUUUCCUCCUCCCCCUCUCCCCAACAAUUUCUAGGUAUAGCCAGCUGGAGUUUUGUUAACAAAUGUUUAAAAGAAUCAGGUGUGGGUUCUUUUCUGUUCUUUUCUUUUUUUUUUAAUAUAACAACAGUAGCCCUUUACUUGAAGUGUUCUUAUUUAGGGCCUGUCAGAGAUAUAGUCAGGUAUUUUUAAGGAAAGUUGUGCUUGCAUGGAAAGCUGUGCUCUGGGUUCAGUUAGCAGUAGGAUUCUUGUUGAUGAAGGGAUAGUGUUCUCCCACGCACUAGGCUUUGAAGUUUUUUUUUUUUCUUUUAAGUAAGGGAGGCCAGUUCCAAAGUAUCAAACAUCUGUGUGUUAUGCUCUCUGAAGUCUGUAUUACCUAUAAAAUCAGCUAUUCUGUGCAGGAUCAGCUUAAUUUUUUACAUGGCUUUCGCACUCAGACUUGAGGAAUUACUUUGUCGUAGUCUAGCUGGUAGCAAAAAGAUUUAGACUAUUGUGCAUAGUCUACUUUCCACUUCUGAAAGGAAAGCUGAAUAGCUGAGGACUGGCUUUCAGAAAUGUCUUUUUCUAUUUGAGUAAGAGAUUGCUUCACUUUGACAAUCAGAAAACAAGCAAAACUUCGUCAAGCUCUUUUCCCCUUUCCUAUGGGUGGUGUUUUUGUCUGUUUUGAUUAGCACUUGAACCAGGUUUUUCUCACUGUAGCAUUAGGAGGUAGGAUGUAGUUAUUUGAUGAUGAUGAAAGGUGGAACUAGAUGUCUGCAGAACAUUUUUUGGUGUUGAUGUUUAGUAAUGGCCUGAAAUAUAUGCUGAAUUGGAGAAAAAGAGCCCUUCAAUGUUCUGCUGUUGAGUAGAUCAGAGAAAAGGAAGAGAAUGCCAUUGUCUAGCUUGAGCUUCUGGAGCCUUAAGAGGAUAUAUCAAAGCAAUUGUAGUGCAAAGCUGCCUCUUCUUAUUGCUGUCUUGUUUAUGAAGUAGUGUCUGUGAGUCAACUACUUUGGCAUUCCCUGACAGCUGAGAUCCAUCAGUCGUGUUUAGAUGCAUGUUUUCAGUAAGAGCUCAUUUGCUUACUUUGCCUAACUUUAUCCAAGGUGUGACAGAUAGAAGGAAAGGCUGUUUUUGAAUUAAGAAGUUUGCUUUUCGAGUAUCACUAAAAUUCCUGCCUGCUUCAGGGAGAGUCUUAGAUUUCCUGUGUUAUGGAAAGUGUACUUUUUUCGCUUCCCAUUACCGACAUUCAUAGGGUAAAUUUGCUUGAUUGGAGCCAGCUCCGUUUCUUUUGUCACUCUGUGGACUGGAACUGGUUAUGAUCUGAUUGAAAGGAUCACUCCACAUAAAGAUGAGAGAAAUUUUAAUAUGUGGGUGCUUAUUUGGUCUGUCAGGUGCCUUUCUGUCUUUCUUUUUUUACUACCUAAAACAGUUUAAGUGACCUAGGUUUUACUUUUUCCUCAUAUAUACAGCGUAUAAACAUAUCUAACUACUAGUAUGAAAUAGGUUUACCAUGGUUCUGCAUUCUUUCAUACUUUAUUUGCCAUAAUAUAUAUGACGUAUAUCUAAAAAAAUAGAGUGUAGUGAUUAGUAGAUAUAUCCGUGUAUGAGAUUACCAUUGCACGUAUUGUAUUGCUAAGUAGAGAUCCCAAUCAAGACUUCUAGAAAUUGAGUGGAUUGAUGAGUUUCCGUGAAGUUAAAGGUUUAGUAAAGAUACUUCAGUCCCUUAGUCAUCUUUGUGGCCCUUCACUGUGCAUACUCCAGUAUGUUCAUAUAUUUCUUGUACUGGAGAACUCAGAACUGGACACAGGAUCCCAGAUGUAGCUUCAUCAGUGCUGAGCAGAGGGAUCACCUCCCUCAACCUGCUAGCAACAGUCUUCCUAAUGCAGCCCAGGAUUCUGUUGGCCUUAUCUGUUGCAAAGGUGCAUUGCUGGCUCAUGGUCCAAGCCCCCAGAUCCUUUUCCGCAGAGCUGCUUUCCAGGCUGUUGGCCCACAGCAUGUACUGAUGUAGAGGGCUAUUCCUUCCCAGGUGCAGUACUUUGUAUUUUCCUUUGUUGAACUUCAUGAAAUUCCUGUUGACCCAUUUUGCCAGUCUGUCGAGGUCCCUCUGACAGCACAGCCCUUUGGUGUAUCACCUACUCCUCACAAUUUUAUAUCAUCUGCAAACUUGCUGAGGCUGUACUCUGUCCCAUCACCCAGGUUUUAUGGCACAUUUGUUUAACGAACAGUAUUGCUAAGUGGAUGAGAAGGGAAAUUUGGACUUUAAUCCUACAUCUGCCCAAAAGGCCAUUAGAGGUUGUACAUUAUUACGCACAACUGGUAGCAGUACAGAGAUCUCAUAGUUAAUGCUGAGUUGGGCUAGUGAGUCCUGAUGAUGUCUGCAGGUGUGCCUUCUUAGGAUCUAAGAGGGUUGUUGCAGUAUUCGUGGCGUGGUAACUCAGGUCGUAAGUCCUGCUAGAAGAGUUCAACACGUUAGUGAGCAUGAAGGCUGCAGAUACAGUCUAUUUUCUUUCCAGAAUGUUUGAUGGAUAUGAAGACACAGAGGAUAUUGAAGUGUAUGAAGAUGAACUUUAUCAUGAGGAAUCAUCCAGUGAGCAGAGUGUUGACAGUGAGGUAGAAUUUCAUCUUUACAGCCAGAUCCACUAUUCCCAGAAUCUUGGAGAAAUCAGCAGGCUGGAAAUAAAUGAAGAAGUUGACGUUGCAGAAGUCAGGGGUCAGAGUUCAGUUUUGACUGCGAAAUUGCAUCAAGACAAGAGUAUUGUUGAACUGACUGAUUGUGAUGUCAUUCAGAUUGCAGAUGGCCAUGAGAUCAUCAUCUUGUCUGAUACACCAGAUGAAGACAGUGUUUACAAAAGCAAAGGAAAGAAGUCAACAAGCUCUGUAGAUCCAGAGAAAAAAUACGACCAUCCAGGAAUUUCCACACCAAAUCAUGCUGAAGCUGCUGAGUGUAAUACCCUGGAUCCUGCUGAAUCAGUCACAAAAGUUUCAAGUCAAAGGAAAAGGGCUAGUGGGAAGCUUAACUCAGUUACUUCUGCUGGAACUUGUGUGAUCCAAGAGGUGAUGGUAAUAGAUGAUAGCUCAAAUGCGGAGGAGGAGAGCUUGAUCUCUGAAAGUGAUAAUGUGGAGAGUUGGAUGCUUUUGGGAUGCGGUGCAGAUGACAAAGAUGAAGAUAUCAUUUUGAACCUUGAAGGCUGUGGAACUUCUGUCAGUGAAGGAGAAGUUGAUGUGGACUGGUCCAUCAGUAAUAAAGACUUGGAGGCACAGAUCUGUAACUAUGCAACUGUGAGGCGUACAAGUGUCCGAUACUAUACAGCUGAUAAAAAUGUUACCUGUAGAAACUGCAGUAGACCUGGUCAUUUGUCCAAAAACUGUCCUAUUCCAAGGAAGAUUCCCCCUUGUUGUUUGUGUGCAGAAAGAGGUCAUCUACAAAACACUUGCCCAGCACGGUUUUGUUUGAACUGCUGUUUGCCUGGACACUAUUCUAAGGAGUGUCUUGAGAGAGCCUAUUGGAAUAAACACUGUAACCGCUGUGAUAUGAAAGGGCAUUAUGCUGAUGCUUGCCCAGAAAUAUGGAGGCAGUAUCACCUAACAACAAAACCAGGACCAAUAAAGAUGGCUAGUUCUCACUCCGAGCACUCCGCUUUAGUGUACUGCUACAACUGUUCCCAGGAAGGACAUUUUGGAUAUGAGUGCUCAGAGAGGCGGAUGCAUGGGAAUAUUUUCCCUACUUCUCCAUUCAUCUACUACUAUGAUGAUGAAUAUGACAUCAAGAGAAGAGCUAACAGACUAAAAAGAAAGGUUGCAGAACUACAGGAGGCUGGCCUUUUGCCAAUACAGUUAGAGAGCCCAUGGAAGAAAGAAAAACAUGUGGAACACAGCCAUAAGAAAAAGAAAAAGCCUUGGAAAGAACAUGGUAAACAUCAUAAAGAUGACAGGUGUCCCAAAAAGACUAAGAAGAAGUUCCGGGUGGACAAAGCCAGAGCAAAGAAGCACAGAAAUGAUGCUGAAAGAGGCCACGGAAUGGAGGAGGACUUUCCUACAGGGUGUAAAAAGCAGACAUCGGAGAGUGGCAAAAAAUGUCACAGGUCAGUUCUCCAGGCACAUGGCAGCAAGACAGAAUAUGCCCAGGAGAUUUUGGAAGCAGCUAAAAGGAAGAAGAAAAGGAAAAAGCAGAAAGACAGUAGUCCCAAUAUUGAUGAGAAUUUAUUCCUUAUAAAACAGAGGAAAAAGAAAUCUAAACAGAAAUCCAUCUGCUAAUGGGGAAGUAGACAGCUAGCCAUAUCAUUUACCAGCUCUUCCUAUUGUUUAUUUUUAUCCCUCUUUUAACCCAUACAAUUUUGAAUCCAUUUCUGAAUCGACUGAUGUGCCUAAGUACCAGUCAUUAAACGAACUUCUGUCUCUGUUUCCAAAAGAGUAUUCAUGAACAUGGCAUUGUUCACUUGAUAGGAAGUAUUUAAUGUCCAUAGUUGAAAUGACUACAUUUUUUUGGCAGUUCCAGGUUAGGCUGUAAGUUUAUUUUGUUUUCUUAUAGUGGGCGAGGGGCCUUUGCUGGGUUUGGUAGGAUUUUAUUCCUUAACUGGUGAGAUAUUCCUUUACCUAUCAAAAUGGGAACUGCUAAUAGGCAAAUGUGAUUCCUUUGCAGCUGAGAUUAAAGGAGGACUCUCACGUUAGGAGGAGUCAGGGUAGAGGAAGAGGACUGUAGAUCUAAAAUACAUUCUGGUCAGUUACUCAGCCCUCUCUGGAGUGCCAGGAAGCACUUUUUCAUUUUUCUCCCUCUUGGAGGGUGUUGUGAAUUUGUUACCUUGCACUUUGGGACAUGAUAGUCUUUCACCUUGCAAUCUGAUAUGGUGGCAUCAUGAUCAUUGCUACACCUUUCAGUAUCAAGUGCGGAUGAGCUCUGAGGGAGCCCAGUCUUUGCCCUUGCUGACUAGUACACACCGCAGGAGAAAUCAGUUAAGAAAAUCAAACCUACACUCAAGUUUACAUCUUGAAUUAAAUAUGUCUGUGUUUUCUAUGGUGUGGAAGUUGUUUCAGAAGAAGAAAACUACAUAGCAAGAUAGCAGAACAUGAAAAAAUUAUUUGAUUCCAGGCAUACUGUGCUAAAAUGUAAUAAUUUAAUUUUUUUAAAGACAGUUAUUUUUGUACUCUGGAUUUAAACAAUUAUGCUGUUAAAAGCUUUGUAAGAAUAAAUGCUUGAUCAAAGGAACAGCCCAAAUAAAACUUCAUUUUAGAGAUAUCCAAAACUACAGAUUUAUUCUACAUUUUCUUGCAUUGUCAAGCAGAACUAUCAAAGAAAACACUGCUUCUCUGUUGUGUGUUGAAGCUACAUCAACUGUAACAAAAGAUUUUCUGUUCUUGAAUAGGAUAUGGUCUAUACUAUAAAUACCUUUUACAGAAUGUGAUCUAUGCUAUAAAUGCUUUUAGUUACAACAGAGUUAGUAACUAACAGCACAUUUGCAUAAAGCCACGUGUCCUUGGUUAAUUCUUCCUCAGAAAAUGGCUUUAGCUACUGCUGCGUGUUGAAAUUGGAAAGUGUUUGUAACCUGUGCAACUGUAUGUAUAUCUAAGGAGGGAAAAUUAGCACAGUAUCUACACUAGUAAAAAAUUAGGGCAUAGUUCUGCCAGCAGUAGUGAACACUAGGAUUUUGUAGAUCAUAUCACUUCAUCUUGGAAAAGUAGAGCAAGGAGCAGAGCUAAACACUUGGGAACCUGAUGCCCAGUUUCGCUUAAGUAUGUUCUUGUUAGCAGCUGAACUGUUUUUUUGCUUAACUUGAUGGAAUACUUAACUGAAAAACUCCUAGCAGUAUUGAAAAAGUAAAUCAGUUUUAGCCCUGAUUAAAUUUUUUAAUUCCACUUCCCACUAA